UGCCGUUCCUUCGAUGACUACACCCCGAGAGGAGGAGCGAGAGGCUCAUAGUAGGCGUCAGAAUCCUCAAUUUCCAACUUAGCAUCCUGGCAGGACACUCUCCGAAGCAAAGCCCCAUCCGAGAGCAAAAAACUUGUCCCGCGCGCUCGGCAUGAGAGUCACAGCGCGCGCAGAGAGUGAGAGAGCGCCUCGAAAAUCCGAUUGUGAGUCUGACAACGACUGAUUAACGAGUGCGAAGUCUAUGCAUUCGUCGUUCUCUUUAAUUUCCAUCACUGCUAUCAACGUGAGGAGGACGGGACGGAGGUCUGUUUACUCGGAACUCUUAUGAGCGAGCGCAAAGAGCGCGUGAGAGUUUGAGGGAGAAGAACUCAAGUGAGAAGCUUAUAUUUGGAUCUUCACCAUGGCGUACCCUCAGGGCUACUUGUAUCAGCCAUCCGCCUCUUUGGCACUUUAUUCGUGUCCUGCCUACAGUACAAGCGUGAUAUCGGGACCCCGGACAGAGGAGCUAGGAAGAUCUUCCUCUGGCUCUGCUUUCGCUCCCUAUGCCGGAUCUACAGCGUUCACCAGCGCCUCGCCAGGCUACAAUUCCCAUCUUCCGUACAGCGCUGAUGCGGCCGCCGCCACUUUCACUUCUUAUGUGAGCUCGCCGUAUGACCACACGACAGGCAUGGCCGGAUCUAUAGGGUAUCAUCCUUACGCUGCUCCCUUGGGCUCGUACCCGUAUGGAGACCCAGCUUACCGCAAGAAUGCUACCCGGGACGCCACAGCCACUUUGAAAGCUUGGCUUAACGAGCACCGGAAAAACCCGUACCCCACCAAAGGCGAGAAGAUCAUGCUGGCCAUCAUCACGAAAAUGACCCUCACUCAAGUGUCCACCUGGUUCGCCAACGCCAGGAGGAGGCUAAAGAAGGAGAACAAGAUGACCUGGACCCCACGGAACCGGAGCGAGGACGAGGAGGAGGACGAAAACAUUGAUCUCGAGAAAAAUGACGACGACGAGCCAAACAAGCCCACGGACAAGGGAGACUCCACAGACACAGAGGCAGAUCAUAAACUCAUCAACCCAGGGGAGCUACCAUGCGACAGGUUUAAAGACGAGUCUCAUGCUAAAGAUCUUGAUCCACCUUUGACAGACUCGGAAUUAAAAGACACAGAGGAGAGGACGGAUUUGCUCGCCGAGCAAGCAAAACCCACCACCUCUUCUCCCUCCGUCCUACAGAGAGGGAAUGAUCUCAUUACGCAAGAAAAGCCCUCAGAACCGGGCCACGCCGUGAGCACGGGGAACAGCAACGCGACGUCUGUUAUUCAUUCUCCCCCUUCGGCGCCCAAACCCAAACUCUGGUCUCUAGCCGAGAUCGCCACGUCCUCGGACAGGUGCAAAGGGAGCAGUGAGGCUCCACAGGCCGCGGGGCUGGGUCAAAGCACAGUCAUAGCCAGCGCUGCCUCGCCGACCCGGUCCUCCCCUCAGUGCCCUCUCCCUAAUAACACUGUCCUUUCUCGGCCUAUUUACUACACGUCCCCUUUUUACCCGGGCUACACGAACUAUAGCACUUUCGGACACCUCCACAGUAGCCACGGCACCAACACCAGCUCCACGGCACAUUUCAAUGGAUUAAGCCAGACUGUUUUAAACAGAGCCGAGGCUCUGGUAAGAGAGAGCAAAGUAAGAAGCCAAACACAGGUAGAUCUUUGUAAAGACUCACCUUAUGAGCUAAAGAAAGGUAUGUCAAACAUUUAAUACCGGAUUCAUCGCCAAUCGGACAUUUAUUUAUUAUUUGUGGUUGCUUAAAGAAGAAGCAAAAGAAGACGCAUUCUGAUUUAAAAGAAAAAAAGAAAAAAAAAAUCCGAGGACAAUUAUUUUCUGAGUAAAUGCUUAUCCUCAAAAUCUUAGUUUCUGAAUGGUUAAUCAAGAGGAUGUAACUUCUAAGAAUUGUCUUAAACGCUGCAGCCGCCUGAGUCUAUUUGUAUUAAAGACUAAUAUGUAUAUUUAAUGUAGCAUUUUGUAUUUAAAAUGGACAAUACACUAUCUUUGAAGUAAAUUAUGGAAAAGAAAAUGUGUGCAGCGAUUGAUUUGGGAGUUUGCAUGCAUGUUAAUGAAAAUUUGACAGCUGCACAAUUUAAAGCGAUAUUAUUUAUUUGCGGAUACGUGACAUCAGGACCGGACAGAUAGGCUGUUAUUGCUAAACGCGGAGAUGCCGAGUAAAGCAGUGUGAUAAUACUUGGAAUUAGCAUGAACAUACUGUUUUAAGGAUUUACCCAAAAAAAAAAAAAAAAAAAACAAGCAAGGGCGGCACAUUUUGAAACUCAGGCGGUUUGGGAAAAGCUCUGUUUGAAGACGGGGCUCUUUAUUUGUCGGUUGCUGUUAAGUUUUUACUCAAGUUUUUCCCGAUAGCAUUCGGUCGGGGCAAUGCUCAUCUCUCUUUUGCAAACAGAGAGAUGCCUCGACGGAUGAAUAUUGAUAUGACAACACCGGCAAAAGUGUCGAGCAGUCAUUUAACCCAAUUACAUUCCAACCGCGUCGUGUUAUAUGCAAAGCAAUCAGGUGGCGAACUCCAGUAAUGAGUUCGAUUUUAUGCCAAAUUUAGACCUCAUUACUAUUUCCUAGGCGUGGCAAAGUGGUUAGAGGCGCGCGGCGAUGCGGAGUGGGUCUGGGAGCAUACUGCUCUGUUAUAUCAUUAAAUGGUAGGAUAGGCUUAAUGGUGCUUUGGAUUAUAGACGCUGAUGGCUUUUAAGAGUGUAGCCAAGGUGCCGUGACAAGCAAAUGUCCCCCUGGCAUGGCCUGUCCCUUACUGUCCUGCACCUCUACCCUCACCCGCAGGUAGGUGUCACACUUGCUCUUAAUUUCGAGGCCUGACUCUUUAGGAGACUGUGAGUGAACCUCUUUCAAGAGGCGCAGAUAACCUGGAGUAACAUUAUAAAUAAGGUUAAAAAAUGUUUAUGUGCUUUAGCAAUUACAGAAAAAGUUACCAAGAUACAAAUUCCCACGCAGAGACUGCAAUUAAGAUUAAUAAUAAACAAAGAUUUCAAUUGAUUUCAAUUUACAUUUUAAGCUAUUUCAGUCUCAAAAUUACAACACAACAAAUCUAUAAAUUAUACAACUCUUUGGAACAUAAUUAAAAAUAAUAAUAAUUGUUAAAAGUUAUUUAAUUUGUCGUUCUUUGCAAAUCAUUUGUAUCGUUUAACAUUGUUCCAUUAAAUAUAAUUAUAUUUAUUAUUCAAUAUUAAUAUCAUUAAUAAAAUUGCCUUUCAGUAUCGAAGUAUGGCCUACUUAAAAUGGACACGGACAAUUAGAUUUUUUAACACAUCCUAUAUAUAGGACUGAUAUUUUCAGCAUUUCAUCUAAAAAAAUCAUGCAUCGUUUGCACUGAAUUAUAACCAGAAAUGUAUAACAAUAAUAACAACAAUAAUAAUAAUAAUAAUAAUAACAACAACAACAGACGUGAAGACGGAACGCGACUCGAUUCAGUCGGAGGUCGUGUCAUUAAUCUCUAUAGUUUACUUUGCGCACUCCAGUUGAAAAGUCCCCUGGGUUUCAUUUAAUUCCCCUGGCUCUAAUGUCCUUCCCCGGCAGCAGAGCGGGUGAGGGGGGCAGCUAUAUUUAAUCUCUCGGAGUGGGAUGGAGCUGCCGCUGCACCACAUCAGCCGGCUAAAUAGCAUAAUUAUGUUUUUCUUUGCUGAUCCCUCUAGGAGUUGAAGCAUUCGAUGCAAUGCCCCGUGUGUGCAUAAGCCCUUCAAGAAGUUUAAAAAGCAGCUAUUUAUAUUUUCGAAGACAGUUGGUUACAUUUUCCUCCCGAAUUAAUCUAAUAAACAUUCAUUCGCCUGAAAUGUUAAAUUUUUUUUCGAAAAUAUCCUCUCUUCUAAUGCUGAUAUGGCAGGAUUAAAUAUUGAAAUAUCGAUAAUAAUUUACGAUCUCAUUUUACGCAUGAUAGAAAUCAAUUGGAUAUUUCAACUGGUAGACGGGGAUUGUGUAAAAGCUGAUUUUUACGCCUAUAGACACAAUAGGGUGAGUCUUUUGAACACACUGAAGAUGCCUAAUGUACUCUGUAAAGGUGGUGUGAACUUCAAAUAAAAUUGCAUGGCUAUAAUGCAAAAAUAAAACUUAGCCUAUAUUCAACUUUCAGAAAUUUUCAAAGUUCAAUCACUAACACGUGACUUAAAUCGGUGAUUGUCUAUUUUAAUUUACUGUGUUAAGGGUAUAUAUUAUUAUAACGAAAGACAAAUGGGAUAUUUUCAUUCAAUCUAUUGUCGGUAAUAGUUUUAGUCUGCAGCCAUAUAUUAAAAUCGCGCAUACCCUAGCCUAUUUUAAACACAGGCUUCGAUUAUCUUCAGCGUGACACAAUGUAUUAAUCCAGUAAGCUUUUAGAUUCGGGUCUGCCGGUCCGUGCUUUUGUAAGAAUGAAUAACCGCACGAACUCCGUAAUGAUCCCACACGACUUUGUUCAACUUUUUCCCCGCGUCUCUCUCUCUCUAUCUCUCUCUCUCUCUUCCAGUUGAAUGGGUCUUAGUCUCAUUGUUCGUAAGAGAUCCACAGUCACUGUGUGUGCAUGUCAAGUGAGAGCAAGACAGUUCCCACGUGUAAAAAAAGAGAGACUGAGACGAAUCUAACUGAUAGGCCAAAUAAAGAAAGUAUAUGCUGAAAUAAGAUUUUAAAAUGUAAAUUUGCUGUUCUGCGAAGAAACUUUACCGCAGCUCUACAAUAAGUAAAAGGAAAAGAGCAGCAUACAAAAGACCAGUGUUACCAGAAACGACUUCAUUUACGAUUUUCCUUAAUAAUAUUAGGAGGGGCUGCGAUGUAAACUCUAAAAAAAUAAAAAUGCUUAUUAUUAUUAUUCUUUGGUUAUACAUCUGGAUUAAUUUCACUUUAGUUUCUGAACAAUAGGUUAUAUCGAACGAGGGUAGGGGAAAACGAAAUUAUAACGAAAUUACUCCGACGAAAUUAAAAUAGCGUUUACUGCAAUAAUUCCCGAGCUGUUCAAAAAUAGGCUACAUUGGGAAAGCGAGUGUCGACAGGCCCCUUGCAACUAUUUGUUUUCAUUAGAAACGUGACAUUAGCUUAUUCACGCAGCAGGAAAAAAAAAAAAAAAAAAAAAAAACUGGACAAACACAAGUCAGGAUAAAUGGAGGAAAAAGUGAGACGAAAACAACCCAGCAAAUUAAUGAGUUUUGGGCACAUUUACAUUAAUUGGGAAAUAUAACGAGAUUGGAAAUAACUUAAUAAAACUGUACAUAUAAAUAUACACAUUUAAAAAUAGCUAUAUAUGUCCCAGCAUGCAUUUUAGAAAGCCACGCACUCAUAAUGCACGCACCCAUAAUUCUUACACAAAACCCCUUUCCUCUUUAUUGGCUGCAUUUCUGAAUAUUACAGGAAUUGUCAGUAAAUUUGUAGGGAAAAAAUGCAGAACUGAUCCUCCAAAAUUCAGUGUAUAGUAAAUAUCCUCUGGGUAUAUUUCCUAAACGUGUUUGCAUAUAUCAUGCAGCAACAGCAUUUCCACGGUCUACAACCUCACAAAACCAAACACCAAAUUAACAUUUUCAUGAACAAGAUUCUGUUGCAUCUCUGCUUAAUACAUAAUGAUAAAUAUGAGUUUAAAACAUUCACGCGUAAAAUUACACCUGCCACGUAAUCGAGCAGUGAGAUUGGGCCUCUCCAGAAAAGCAGGUUAAUUCUAUGGGGUAAUCAGAACCUGUUGAUAAAAAUAAUCUCUAAAUCACCGUUAAAAUGUACCGGACCAAGUGUUCCAAAUCGGAUUUCUGCAUAAUAUCGACAGUCCACCUGAUAACAGCUAACUACUACUUGAUCCCUCCACACUAACACUACUCCAGCUGAGUCGAAUCAAAUUCAGCUCGAAUGUGUAAAAGGACACCCAUUUAUUUGACCUGCUUAUAAUAUGCGCUGAGACAUCUGUGCGAGGCAGCAGAGCAAAUGUGGCCAAAUUCAGACAUGUUUUUCUUCCCUCUCUAUCUCUCCUUGAAGUGAACAAUGUGCCGGUUGAUUAGGGCUAGUUAGUUUAGAAAAAUAGAGAGAAUAGAAAACCGCUUGAGGGGACCUUGGUCGAAAGAAAAGCUGACAAAAAGACAGAAAUAAUCGCAAAAACUGAUUGUGCAUGAAUAGUUUUCUUUUUUUCUUUUUCUUUUUCUUCUUCUUCUAAACAUCAUCCUCACCCUCGAUAAAGAAACUGAAGUGGAGUGGCCUCUUCAGUAUGGCAUGCUGGGAAUACCUCCUCCCUUUUAUUUAAUCAUCCAAUCCCACUGAGGAACCUCUUAAUUAAUUAUGGGUGCUAAAAAUUCACACCAGCUGUUUCUCUCAUACUCUCUCUUCACUCCGGGGCGAAGAGUGUGACGCGGCCAUGGGGCGUAAUUUUCACAAAUUAGCCCAUUUUCUCCCCCAAAAAUCGAGCUCCUGUCAGGGCUGUUCUGACGUAUAUCAUUUCGAGGGCUCCAACGGCAAGCAGACGAGGGGGGAAGGAGAGGUAAAGAGCGGCUUUUCGGUAAAGUCACGGCCCAUUCGACACUUAUAAAUCGUUCGCGUUAAAGGAACAUUUUUAGAUAGGCAGACGUACAUUGUAAGUUGAGCCAGAUGAAGUGACAGGCUGUGAUUUACUGCUAUUUACCCCCACUUUAGCCUAGACUUCACCCACUGUUUUCCUAUUGCCCGCGUGCGGCUCUCUGGGGAGAGAUUACACGUGUCAUUUUCAGCUUUCUGAUGUUUUAAGUGAAACCUCCUUAAAAAAAAAAAAAAGGUUAACGAAGAAAAAUCACCGGAGCGCGUUUUUGACAAAUAUUAUGGAAAUAAUAAAUAAAUAGUUAAUAAAUAAUAAAUACAUUUUUAUAUAAUAUAAUUAUAAAUAGUUAAUUCACAAGAGACAAUAAAAGUAAAAGUUUUUUUUUUUUUUUUUUUUUUUAAAUCUGCGCUCUUUUAAAGCUAAAAUGUAAUAAUAUGAGCAGAAUUGUCAUUGGUGGAUUUAAUGAAAUAAAACACAUGAAAUUAAACUUCACUCAUAAGAAUUUACACACAGAUACAGGUGUUGGUAGCCUAUAUUGUGGGUUAAGGGGUCUCUCCAUAGGUCUAAUGGUUUUCCUACUGUACAAACUGUAUUUUAUAUCCCCCUACACCUACCCAUAAACCUUCCCUCACAGGAAAUUUUCUGCAUUUAUAUAAAAAAAAAAAAAAAAAACACCAUUUAGUAUGUUAUUAAACUUUUUGAAUUACAGGAAAACAAGAAGUGUCAUACUCCAUGUUAUGUAUAGCCUAUACAAAUUUGUGUCUUCAUAAACCAUCGGUGCGCGCAAACUCACACAUAGCCUACACACACACACACACACGCACACACACGUUGGUAUUUGUGGUUUACGGGGACUCUCCAUAGGCGUAAUAGUUUUUAUACUGUACAAACUGUAUGUGCUAUUGCCCUACACCAACCCUACACCUAAACCUACCCCUUACAGGAAACUUUGUGCAAUUUUAGAUUUUCAAAAAAACACAAUUUAGUAUGUUUUUUAAGACUUUUGAAUUACGGAGACAUAGGCAGUUCAAGUUGUAAUACCUCUGUCAUACCCAUGUCAUUAAACAAAUUUGUGUCCCCAUAAACCACAAAUACCCCCCCACACACAUAUAUAUAUAUGUAUGUAUGUAUGUAUGUGUGUGUAAUAUUUAAGAUUAAACCAAAUUUAAGACAACUAAAUUUACAUUUAUAUCAAAGACAAUCAGUAUCACAAAAAAACAAAACAUAUUUAAUGUGUAUUUAUCAUUUAAUGUGCAUAAUAACAACAACAUUCAGAAAAUAUAUCUGGACAAUCCAUUCAUUUUCUGUGAUAUAGCAUUUGACAUAAAAAAAAAAAAAAAAAAAAACUUUACUAAAAACUUUGAAAACAAACUUUAGCAUUGUGCAUAUGACAUGAACUUUCACAAUAAUUGUUUAAUUAUUAUGUUUUCUCUGUUUACCAUACCCUGUCACUACUAUCAAUGGUAAGCACACGUAAUACGAAAUAUCAGCCCCAUCGAAAGGCGAAGCCACACAAGGAUGGAAACAUUUUGUUUUAAUGCAGAUAUAAACGCUUUUUUUCACUGCAAGGAAAGAAAACAGGGACAGUUUUCAACACAUUAGGCUCAAGUCCUAAGAGUCCCACAGCACCACUUUGCCUAGAUAAGCAGCUAGUAUUAUUACAUUCUUAAUGGUUCAGAUUAAGAUUGAUGAACUGUUUUCUUUUGGGCACUACACAGGGUCCACGAGAACGGGGGGAGAGGAGAGGGGGGCGGAGGAAAGAGGGGAUGAAGGGAGGUCUACAAGCUGCCUGUUUAUUUACAUUUGGCCUUUUUAAAUGAUCCCUUUCUUCUAGACAUCUGUUCCACAUUAUGACACUGAUAUUUAGCCUAAUGGCUGUUCUGAUGCGCUGCUCUGUGAGAUAGCAGGAGUAAGCGGCCAUUAUCUGCAGCCCACCUGGGGAAGAAAGCCAAGCCUGAUGAUGGAAGUUAUGCAGGAGAAUGAGGGGCAAUCAUCUUUUUUUUUUUUUUUUUUGGGUGAAAGAAGCUGACCAGUUUUUCACAGAGAAUUUUCCCCCUCUCAGGCUGAUGGAUGCAAAUGUAAGCUCUGUAAUUGGAUCAGUUCCCCAGAUACAGAUAAAUGGCUGCUGCUUUACUGGGGUUAUUUUGAGCUAUGUGAAGACAGCAGUGUGUCUCUCUGUGUGUGUGUGUGUGUGUGUGUGUGUGUUUAGGCAACAUUAAUGAGAAGGAGUUGAGACACGCUUUACUCAGUCACAACACUGUGUGCCUGGACCUACUGUACACAUUCACACACUAAAUGAGGAGGAGACAGCACUGCACUGCCCUGUGACUGUUUUCUUUCAGGCACUUCACAGGGUGUUGAACUCCCACACACGCCAAUUAAGAGAAGACACUUGCUGAUGAUGUACAACCAGCAAUUAACAAAUGUCAGGACACAAAAAACAAAAAUGGCAUUAAAAUCCCUCCGGCAAGCCCAAAUACAAGUAUUUCAAAAAUUAAUUCACAGAACAGAUCAUAAAAAGUGUAAUACAUUUUAAUGAAAUGAUUCCUUAAAGUAACAGUUCCUCCACAAAAUUUUCUAUUGUCAUUUACUCAACAUCGUUCAAAAUCAUAUAACUAUUUUUUAUUUAUUUAUUUAUUUUUUGCAAUAUUCAAAAUAAGACAUUUUGAAGAAUGUUUAGAUUUUUUUUUUUUUUUUUUUCUUUUGGUCCAUAUAAUGAAAGUUGGUGGGGACCCCAUUGACUUUAUUAGGAAGUACUAAAAAAAUUAAUUAUGUUUGGAAUUACAUGAUAAUUUCAUUUUUGGGUGAACUAUAUAUAGGAAAUUUAAAAGAUAAGGUCUUGUCUUGUUUUUUUUUUUUUUUGUCUGUCCACUGUCUCUACAGAAUCCACCUUAUUUAGUUUAUUUUAAGCUAUUUACUGGGAAUGUGCGAGACUUCUGAUUCAUCAGCCGUCAUAAGUAUACACCUAGAAGAAUGUUUUACACUACAAAAAUGAAUAAUAUAACAAAUACCAAUAUCAAGCAGCAUAACAGACCGUUUUUUGUAUAGAUAAAAUAACUCAAAGCGGAGGACACGGGAAUACUUGUUACAAAUGGCCGCAUUCUUUCUUAUGUUAAAAAUAGGUGGACAUGUCAGUGGCUUCCUGUCUUACUGACAACCGAGUAUCUUUGUUCUUUUCCAUUCGUUUGCUAACCACCUUCUAAACUGAGUAUUUUGGUUGCGCGCCAACUGAGAGAGUGUUGGCUAGCUCUCUGAUUAGGAGUGUGCUUUACAGCCAAGCAGAAUAGGAAAUCUCAUCAGCGAGGCUUUUUCAACUGAUAAAAUGCCAACUGUGGCCUCCCUUCAACCUCCCGUGCCGGGGCUCGUCUGCAUACUGCUCCCCCUCCAACCCCCCAAGACAGGACCCUGCCAAAUAUAUUAAUACCUGUUACACUGCAGCAAAGGGAGCAAGCCUCAGCCCAGGCUCAAAUAAUCGAUUGACCUCAUUUUCGAUGAAGGCGCCAUUUCCAGUCUGAGAAGUAAUUCUCUGGCUGAGAAUGCCAGAGCCAUCUGGGCAAGAUAGGUGUAGCGUGGCAUGAAUUCACCUGUCUGCCAAACACAGAGCAAAGGGGCCACAGUACAACAUUGUGCUACAGAACACAGGAGAGAUUUCAACACAAGCUCAUUUCAGUCUGAUUACCAUUCAGGUGAGCCCUGGCAAUGACGGUCACAAAACAAAAACAGUGCUUUUAAGGUACAUUUUCUUUUCAGGCUAACAAGGAUUCGCAUUCUAUGUCGAAUGACUAGGUUUUGAUAAAUGGGAUAGUUUACCUAAAAAUUUAAAUCACAAUGAUUUUUUUUUUUCCAUCAUCCAUACAAUGACAGUCAAUGGGGUCUCCUGCUGUUCUGGACCACACUCAACUUCAUUGAAUAAACAGUUUCCAAAACAUAUCCUUUAUGUUCCACAGCAGAAAAGAAAGUCAUAGGUUUGAAAUGACAUGAGGGUGAAUUAACCACAAAAUGUUCAUUUUUGGAUGAACUAUGCCUAUCAAGAAUAAAGAAACAACACUAUGUUUGCAAAUUACUGAACAUUUCUGAAUGUUUUGUGUGUGAGAGUUGAAGUUGAUGUUGUUGCUCACUCUUAGAGCAGCACUUCAGAUUUUGUCUGGAUCUGAUUUAUUAGCUUGUCAGGGGAAGCAUUGUUGGAGAAGGCAAUCAAAAAGCACUUACCUAGCCCCAACUAAAAUGAACACUUUUUCACUAGCUAAUUUCUGCUACUCCCAUGGAGGGGUUGGCAACUUGUUUGAUGAGGCAUAAAAUGAUGAUAAAUGAAUUUAUUGCUCCACUGAUCAUCAAACAGUGGUAGUAUAUACUUCUUUUCUGAUAACACAUUGCAUAGAUCUGUCUUCAUUCAUGGAUGGGCAGUGGGACUAUAGUUUUUACCCCCCUUAACCUAUCUGACCCCAGGUCAGUGUGUGGAACUGAGCCUGCGCCAGUGGAGAAGCAAGACAAAGGACAGUUUAAUAGGAGGUUAAACUGGAAACAGGAGUGAACUCCUUGCUUUGAGGGACACAAGCUCUCAACUUUCAGUCUCUGAUCAGUGUGUGGGAAAAGACAGAAGUAAUCAGAUAUCCACCCCUCUCUUUCUUUUUCUCUCUCUUCACCCUCACUCUUUUUUCUGCCAACCAUCUCCAAAAAAAAAAAAAAAAGAGCGCCCCAAAAACAGAAAAAAAAAGACAAUAGUAAAUUGAAGUUAACAAAAGCAACAAAACAAACACCCAAAACACAAUUUUUAAUUUUGUGAAAUAUAAGGGGAUAUGGUUAAAUAUAAGGGAAAUAUAAGAAAUAUUCCACUAGUUUAUUCAUUUAAGCAGCCAUUCUGAUUCCCAACAAUGAUUAAUGACCUUUGGGGGGUAUGUAAGCGGUCGCCAUGGGGUCAAAAGCAUUUCUGCAUAUUCGUUAAAUAAUCCCUUCACCCUUCCUAUGCUCCCCUCUGUCAGCUCUUGCACAAAUCGGUGCCUAAUAUAAUAAUAAUAAUAAUAAUAAUAAUAAUAAUAUUUUUAUUAAUCUGAAAAAGUGUGGGGGAAAGUUAUUAUUAUUAUUAUUACUAUACUACUACUAAAUAAUAAUUUACUAAAGCUCAAAGACACUUUACAAUAUUUGUCAAAAUUACUACGCUUUACCGUAAAGCUUUUUGAUAUAGAAAUACAGACUAUUUUCUUUCAGCCAAGGAAAGGCAAGAAUGCACUGGCACGUAUUUCUCCCCAUUGGUCCUCUUGCUCUCCCUUCUUUCUUUUUUUUUUCUUUCCCUCCCUCUAUUUCUACAAAUAAAAGUAAUUAGAUUGGUGUUUUAAAUGUGCCAAAGCACUCAGCAUCAAACAGCAAAGGCAAUCACAGAAGGAAUAUGUAUGGAUGGAGUACGUAACUACUACAUAAGUGUAAAAUAUGAUACUAAAUAAGCUCAACAAUAAAAGAGUCGCAAGACACAGGUUAUGACGUGUACUUUUUUCCAACAUCGGUGUCAUGAAUCUGUCAAACUGGCAACUAUGUGAUGGUUUUACUGAAACAGCUUCUCUGUAAAUCUAGUCUAGAUUGACCUGACUUUACAGACUGUUGCAUUCAGUGUUAAAUGUUAGCGCUUACAGCUUUUCAAAUAUGAAUUUGCUCCAGAGUCUAGUCCUUUUAUACUGACACUUGCUACAAAGACGGGCAGAGGAUUGUGAUCAUGAUAACCUCAUUCACAGUGAUGGUGGAUAUAAAGUGCAUUUGUCAAGAAUGAGAGAGAAAGUUAGGAAGAAGAAAGAGAAAACAUUAAGAUUUACUAAGCACAGACUGAUAUUGCUUUCAUUCUUUUACUUUUAUUCACAUACUGACAGAAACCUAAUCAGGGGAAUCCAAAUAAGCAGACAACUCAAAUAAAUUGUUAAUAAACAUCCUAAUCUGACUAAAGGAGGGUGGCUAUUAAAGAUUGAAUCAUCAGACUGAGAUAUAGCGUUAAAAAAUGAUCUUUUUAAACAAGCGUUUUGCUUGACAAUCCAUUUCAAUUUUCCAAACAGUGAGAAUAUGAGCAAUAUUUUUUUUUUAAUGCUGUGCGUCUCUUCAGCUGUAACUGUGCCAAAACUCAAUAUAGCUAUCCUACAAGGGACCGAUUCUCUGCUGAAAAACAGGAUGUGAAAUGUAGAUUCGAGAUUUUAAACUACUACCUUUUAUUGACUUGAGUUUGACUGCAUUAACAGCUAUAAACAUACAUUUUCUUGCACAUUGGUAAGAAAUAUUUGCAGCUAUAAAUAUUAAGUGUAAUAGCUAUUCAAUUCUUGCUUAAUUUAGAUAAGAUUAAAACCCCAAAUACACACACACACACUCAUGUCUGGUUUGCUAUCCUUGUGGGGACUCUCCAUAGGUGUAAUGGUUUUUAUACUGUACAAACUGUAUGUGCUAUUGCCCUACACCAACCCUACACCUAAACCUAGCCCUUACAGGAAACUUUGUGCAUUUUUAGAUUUACACCAUUUAGUAUGUUUUUUAAGCCUUUUGAAUUACGGGG